AAUCGAUCGUACUCUGUACAAUUCAUAGCCACACCAUGUAUGAUAUCUCCCUUCAGGACUGAUAACAACGGCAACACACACUGCCAGGACUCAGUGCUCACUCACCCGAUGUUGCCUUCGCUACCUCAUGCAGUCGCCUCAGCUGUACAUGGGGGUUCAAACCUUUGCGAUCGAUGUCUCUCCGUACUUGUAGAUGACAGCAUUGACGACUUCGUUGAAGGAGACUCUACAACAUCGGAAGCCUCCACUACACUGAGACACAGAGAUGAAGGCAAAGGAGAGAUGAUCAUGUUGGGAUCGCCUUGCCAAUGGAAAGACUCGCUGCCUUUAUUGCCAGUACUGGCUGAAUCUUCCAAGAAAGGCUGCCUUCUGUGUACGUUUGUGCGAGAACACAUUAUCAAACGGGACAUAGGCUAUACGGGAGAUGUUUACAUCAAUGGUGGAUACAUAUGGGGCGCUGACAGAGAUGUUUUUGGCUCGAAACCAAAUGACGAAGGUCUUGUGUUCUGGCGAUGCGAAGUAUACAAGCGCCCCGAGAAGGACUUUGUUGCGGCUGUGACCUUUAACAUCGAGUCCAAUGACGACGCUGUCUCAGAUUGGCUGCGACUCGAUGACAAGCGACAUCCUCGAUUACUUGACCCUGCCAAUGUCGAGUGGAUAAAGUACGAGCUCAAUCGAUGCCAGGAAGAAUGUGGCCAUGUUGAGGACGAGGUGGCUUUCGUCCCAACAAGACUGAUCGACGUGGGGAGCACCGACCUAGCCAUCCCUCGCCUGGUCACCUCGGAAACUCUGCACGAAUCAAGUGAGGGGAAACUCAACGGAUUUGAGUAUGCUACGCUGAGCUACUGUUGGGGUUCUAGAAAAGAUGCGGCUGAACAGCUGAAAACAACUAGAGAGAACUUAUCACAACACCUUGAGGGUAUACCACUCGACUUUAUGAGUCCGGUUGUGAGAGACACUGCUAUCACCUGCAGAGCUCUCGGUCUACGAUACCUCUGGGUAGAUGCGCUUUGCAUCAUUCAGGGAGACAUGGAAGACUGGAACACGGAAAGCUUGACCAUGGGCCGUGUUUACUACUGCUCGACUCUGACCAUUUGUCCAUUGGCGUCUACGUCUUGUCUCCAGGGAUACCUUGGUGAAAGACCAUCAGGUCUCAACGUGCCAUUUCAGUCGAAAAGGCGCGAAACUAUUCGCGGGACCUACACGUUCUAUCCAUCUUCGGAUGACCGGAAGCCGAUUUGGAACUCAUCAACAUUAAUGAACGAUUUGAAGCAGUCAGUAUGGGAAACCAGGGGCUGGACGUUUCAGGAGAACAUGCUGUCAACAAGAUUGCUCUUUAUCGGGCCUGGAAUGUGGCACUUUGCUUGUGAAAGUGGUUCCACGUCUGAAAAUUCAUACGUGACCCUCGGAUCGGUCAUUCACGGGUCGUUAAGGCCACUCGUCAAUAUAGCACGAGAGCCGAAGCCAGCUGAUUCUAUCGAAGCAUCCCGUAGGAUACGCAACGCUUACGCCCGAUGGGAAGAGAUUCUAGAGAUUCAGACGAGAUCGUGGAGCUACAGAGAUGACCUCCUGGCUGGCAUAGCGGGAUUGGCCGAAGAGUGUGCCAAGAUUACGGAAGACACAUACCUUGCUGGUCUAUGGAUGAACGACCUGCAGCACGGGCUUGUCUGGGAAACAUUGAACCCAGAUGUUGGAACCCUUGGGGUAACACUCCAACAGAAGAGGAAUCAAAAGCCUUACGUGGGCCCGUCGUGGAGUUGGGUAUCUCAGCUACGGCCGUUCGAAGUUUUACCAUGUCGGCGCUACAACGUGGACAAUCCAAGGCCGCAAGAGGAACCUCCAAACAAGCAGAAGAUCAUGUCAUUAUCAGAAACACUGCCAGCCCAUGUUCAAGCCGAGUUCAUAGUCACGGAGCAUCGCAUGGACUUUCAGUGGAGUAGUCCGUUUGGCCGACUCAACCCCGGUUCAUAUCUUCGAAUAAAUGUGUCAUUGUCCGAUUUCCCGUCGGAUGUGAUCAUCGAACCUCGUCGUAAAGGAAACCCCCCGAUUGGAUACUUCUAUGAUGGGAGUGGUCUCUGCAUGUUUGACUGGUCCGUGGAAGUCACUACGGUUCAGCAACCCGGUCAGAUGAAGCUCUUGUUGACUUCCAGUUGUUGUUUCAAGACAAAUAAUUGGAGUAAACUGCGAUACCUAUCCAGUCUACGAGAUGGACUGGGAAAGUCUUUCCCUUUUCCAGAGGGCGAAACAGUCUUUGAUGAUGAAGAUUGGCAAAGGCCAGAGCAUUGUUCGUUCUGCCAAGAUAGCGAGGCUCCAAAGACUGUUUGGGGGCUCGUCGUUCAUCCGGCGGAUCGCCUGGAAGGCUAUUACCGGGUUGGAAUAUUUGUCAUAUUUUCUGAAAACGUAAACGCGAAUCUCUUUGCGACCAAAGAGAAGCAGGACAUAGUCCUAGUUUAGGAUUUUUUCUGAGGUUGAGGACACUACAUGCAAAUGCAUUUUUCUAUCUACAUUAAAAUCCACCUCAAGAGGAAGGACCUUUAUUCACGAUGAACUAAGUUCGCUUGUAAAAAAAAACCCUUUUCUACAUUGCUACAUUAUAGUACAUGUAUUACGCUGAGAACACUAAGAGAAACUGAAAUUGCAGUCAUUGAGUGGGAACAAUGGUCGGAGCAGCCGUAGUAAUCGCAGUUGUCGCAACAGUUACAUCAAUAGAAAGAUGUUGCGAGGUCUUGUCGAAGAGCCUAUUUUCUUGUCACAUACUUGACACUCUCACCCACUGUUCGUCGAUACUACAGAUAGUUCAAAUGGCAGAAUUGCGAGCAUUUUGGCGAUGGUAUGUCACAACUCGUAAAUAAAGUCC